AUGACAUCCGGUGAAUGGGAUUUGCGUGCGCUAAAGGCGCUUGAGGAGGAGGAGCAAAAGGAGUUUUUGGCGCUCAGUCAGCGAAAUCUUUUUGAGCCCCCCGAACCGCCAGGCGGAACAGCCAUAGCGCCAGCCACAGCCGCCAGUGUUAGCUCAAAGCCAGCCCUGACUUAUGCACAGCUGCAUCCACAUUUGCUUAAGCUGCCCACCAUUGACGAAUGCCAACUGAUUGCGGCAGCCAAACGUCAAAAUUCAAGCAACAGCAGCACAGCGGGCAGCACGCGCUUAAAGUUUACGCGGGCUCUAUCCCUCUCAGCACACUCCUUGUCUCCACGUGUAGGUGGCGGCGGUGGCUUUGGCAAGAAGCUCAAGGCACGAUUAGUGGGCGCCAAGUCCAGUGGCUCGCUUUCGCCCGCGCGCCAUUCCUACAGCGUCUCGCCCGUGUAUACGCCACCACCGAUACGUCGAUGUGCCACUCUGCACCACACGCAGCCGGUGCGUAAGACCUUCAAGACACUCCAGCAGCUAGAGCGUCAAAAACAGGAGCGUCGGCAGCAACAGCAACAACUACAGCAGCAGCAGCAGAACCAGCAACAACAGCCACAGCAUUUGGCAUCGGCGGCAACGCCACAAUUGCAACGCAUUGCCGGCACUAAUAAGACCUAUUGGAAGUAUGGGGCCAACUCAACAGCUGCCUCCAUAAUUGGACAACGAGCUCGCCUUCAGCUUCCCAACGACCUGGAGUCGACUACCUCCGAUGAGUUGAAUUCGGAAACCGAGUUCGUUGGCCAACAGGAUGAUAGCGCCACAGAAACAGGCUCUUGUAGCGUACCGCUGCCCGCCAACGACUCUAACGAGCUUCUACGGCUGAUGUUUACGGCAGCCAGUUCGGCGGUGACAGCCGCACAGACGGCACCAGCAGCAACUGGUGGCACAACGCCGAUUGCAGCAGCACUGGCGCCACCAUCGCGGCACUGCUAUCAAGGGCCCGCUGUUAAGGAUGACAGCGAAACUGUUGCUUACGAAGCUUUUCACACGGCCCUCGCUAACAGACACAAAAGCUUUGCUCUGCUAAAUGGCAGUCGAACGCUCUUACGCGGCAGCAGUCUUACAGCCCAAGAGAGUCCCAGUUGUGUCAAAACGCAGCCCACAACAGCUGUGGGUAACAGGAAAAUGUUAAAGUCGACGUCGAUGGACGCGACGGCGGGCGAGUAUCAACAGCUUGGCAGCAAGCCGUCCAUGGGGACAGCCAGCGGUGGUCAAAUAGCAACAAAUCAGCUGUGCGGAGCGGCACAAACGAAGGUAACGGACGAUGUGAAUGGCUUGCAUUUCAAUGAACAUCAGACAAAUGAAGCUCGUUACCAGCAACAGGAGCAACAGGAGCAUGCUGCUGCCGCCUAUCAACAUCAGUUGGAGCUUCAGGCAUGCUACAGCCACGGCGCUGUAAUUGAUGACGAACUGGAACAGCAUAUCAAGCAUUGUUCGUGCUCCUGCAACCACAUGGGCUAUGGCAAUUCAAUGGACUAUCAGACCACAGGCUUUGGCGGCCUGCCAGAUGUCACAGAGCACUCGAACAUACGUCGCACGCUGUCCCGCCAGAACUCGAUCUCGAACAGCGAUUCCGGUGGCGAGAUUGCCAGCAUACAGAAGUCUAAAGUGAACUUUGGCAGCAGCGGCAUAGUUGUUGGAGGCGGAGUGGGCGGCAUCGUGGCCGCCCUCGACGCCAAGUCGCCCACCUCCCUUUCGACGGCAACAGCAUCUGCGGGCACCGGUGGCGGUGGCAGCGGCAAGAAUAAGAGUGCACGCAAAGCAAAUGCGGCACACAAGUCAAAACGCGGCUCCUGGCUAGUCGCUCUGACGCUGGUGAGUGCCAUCUGUCUGCUCGCCAUUGCGGCCACGCUCGCCUACCAGCACUUCCUGAUGGCUCCUAGCCGUAAUUCGCACGCACAAAGACUGAGAAUCGUAAGGCGCAUUCUGCGCGAGGUGCCGCUCGUCGAUGGACACAACAACUUUGCGUGGAAUGUGCGCAAAUAUGCGCACAGCAGCUUGGAGCUGGUCCAUUUAAGCCAUGAUCUGGACCAUAAGGCGCUAUGGGCUCGACCGACAUGGGCACAGACGGACAUGGAGCGGCUCAAGCAAGGACUAGUCGGUGUCCAAGUCUGGUCCGCAUAUGUGCCAUGUGAGGCGCAAGGCUUGGACGCCGUCCAGCUGGCAUUGGAACAAAUCGACAUUGUGCGGCGCCUGUCGGACAUGUAUGCGCAGGAGACGGUGCUCGUUACUUCGUCGCAGGACAUUGUGGCGGCGCAUCGUCGCGGUCUGUUAGCCUCGCUGAUUGGCAUCGAAGGUGGCCACACCAUUGGCUCCUCGCUGGGCGUGCUGCGCUCCUUUUACUCACUGGGUGCGCGUUAUCUCAGCCUGACACAUCGCUGUGACGUCUCUUGGGCGGGCUCCAGUGCCUCCCCGCUUGAGCAGGGCCUCUCCCAGUUUGGCAAGGCCAUUGUGCGCGAAAUGAAUCGCCUGGGCAUGAUGAUUGACUUAUCGCACAGUUCAGAUGCCACAGCUCGCGAUGUGCUUCAGGUGACGCGGGCGCCAGUCAUCUUCUCCCAUUCGGCAGCCCGCCAGCUUUGCAACUCGACGCGCAACGUGCCCGACGAUAUCUUGAGGCUGGUAGCGGAGAACGGCGGCCUGAUCAUGCUCAGCUUCGACUCGGAGGACGUGGCCUGUGGUAGGCAGGCGCGACUGCAGGAUGUUAUCGAGCACAUCAAGUAUGUGCGGGCCAUUGCGGGCAUUCAGCACAUUGGACUGGGCGCAGGCUAUGAUGGCAUUGAGCAGCCACCGCUGGGCCUGGAGGAUGUGUCCAAGUAUCCGGACUUGUUGGCCGCUCUACUGGAGGAUCACAACUGGAGUGAGGAGGACAUUGCCAUGCUGGCAGGCAAGAACUUUCUGCGCAUUAUGGAGACGGUGGAGAAUGUGCGCGACUAUUGGAAACGCGCCGCCAUUCAACCCAUCGAACAGACUGAGCCGCAGCCAAAGACCCAAUGCACUUAUAUGUCGUCGUGACCGCAGGCGCAGGCCGUGGUGAAAACGCGCCGCGACGAUCAAACCAAUCGCACUGCGGCAGCGCUGGCUGGUGCUGAGUUUUGGCGAGCGGUAACAGAUGAGACGACAUCCAAUCAAACCGAGCGCUUGGCCAUGGCAGCAACGGCGACGACAACGGCGUUCACAGU